AUGUCUUUUAGACGUGUUUCGGUUAUUGGGUCAGGCAACUGGGGGUCAACAAUUGCUAAAAUAAUUGGUAACAAUAUUAAAAAGUUCCCCGAAUAUGUUCCAGAGGUUCGUAUGUGGGUUUUUGAGGAGUUAGUCAAUGGCCGUAAACUCACAGAAAUAAUUAAUACAUCUCACGAAAAUGUGAAGUAUCUGCCCAAUGUGAAGCUUCCAGAAAACGUUGUUGCUGACCCAGACGUAAAAUCAGUAGCUCGAGAUGCUGACGUACUUGUCAUUGUUAUGCCCCAUCAGUUCCUUAAUAAGACAUUGGCGGAAAUGAAGCCUGUUGUCAAACCAACGUCUUAUGCCAUUUCUUUAAUGAAGGGGUUGGCACUGAGUGAUGAUCAUGGUAUCAAGCUAUUAACAGAUUGUAUCAGAGAUGUACUGAAAAUACCCUGUGCAGUCCUUAUGGGUGCUAAUUUGGCAACUGAAGUUUCUCAAGAAAACUACUGUGAAGCAACUAUUGGUAUCGAUGAUCCGAAGAUGGGGUCUGAAUUAAAAAAACUUUUCCAGACAGAUUACUUCCGAAUUGUGGUUAUAAAAGACGAAGUUGCCACAGAAUUAUGUGGAGCUUUAAAAAACAUUGUAGCAGUUGCUGCAGGUGUGAUUGAAGGUUUAGGUUAUGGUGAUAACACUAAAGCUGCAGUUAUACGUCUUGGGUUCAUGGAAAUGAAAAAUUUCAUUUAUCAAUUUUUUGCUGAUCGCCAUCCCCAAGAAGGGACAUUUCUAGAAAGUUGUGGCGUUGCUGAUCUUAUUACAACUUGUUAUGGUGGUAGAAACAAGCAAAUGGGCAUAGCAUUAGCCACCACAAAUGAGCCUUUAGCCCAAUUGGAAAAAGAACGUUUACACGGUCAAAGUGCUCAAGGUCCUCUCACUGCUGCAGAAGUCUAUGCAAUGCUGGAACGCAAGGGUCUUCUUGAGAAGUAUCCUAUAUUUACAGCUGUACAUAAGUUGUGUACACGUCAGUUUGAUCCAAAGAACUUUAUUUGUUGUUUGGCUAAUCAUCCAGAGCAUCGUUAA